AUGGUGAAGAUUGAUGAAACAGGACGACUUAAAGAACCGAACAAACCCUGCAGUACUCGCAAUAUUCGGAAACUACAAGAAACACAGUCCAGUAUUGAUGAGCUACUCAAACCAUAUCAAGAUCUAUUUCAUGGAAUUGGCAGAGCGACCCGCAAUGGAGAGGAGAUUCAGCUACAUUUACCAAUGGAUGAAGAGGCUGAACCAGUUGCACAAAAACCAAGACGAGUUGCAUACCACCUAAUGGAACCUCUCCAGAAACGACUCCAAGAAUUUGUGGAACAAGACAUCAUGGAAAAAGAUCCUGAUCAAGAACCUAUAACAUGGUGUUCUCCUAUGGUUGUACAACCUAAACCAAAGAAUCCCAAUGAUAUACGCCUCAGCUUGGAUUUACGAACACUGAAUAAAUCCAUUUUACGAACUCGCCAAGUCCAAGCACCCAUUACAGAAUAUUUUAUUACAGCGUUUAAGGAUUGCUGCAUAUUCAGCAAGUUGGACCUCAACCAUGGAUACCACCAGUUUGUCAUUGAUCCCCAGUCCAGACAAGCCAUGACAUUCUCAAUGCCAUGGGGAAAUUACGAUACAAACGUCUUGCGUUCGGGAUAG